AUGCAUAAUAGCAGUCAGACUGCUGUUCUUGGAUCAAGUAGUGCAUCUCAUAACCGAGUCACAUUUGACAAUAGGAGUUCUACAGUUAUGCAUGAUAGUGGGGUUGCUUUUACUGAAAUUGGUAUGCCUAGUAGGUGUAGGAGUGCUAGUAUUGUGAGAUCUACUACAACUAUUACUACCAUUGUAGAUUUGGGAAGUAAUGAUGCAAUCAUUCCAUCACCUGAUCCAACCAAUCCAUCAGCUAGCAGGGUACUUGAGGGUGAGGAACAGGAAGUGAACAAUGACACAUCAGAUUCUGAUUAUGUAGCUAGAGAAUUUGAUGAUUUAAGUGACAGUUCAGAGAGUUGUGAUGAAGACUAUGAAGAAUUUGGAAGUGAUGCAGAAGAGGAAGAAAACAGUAAAGAGGGAUCAAAUGGUGAGGAAGAGGAUUAUGACGCUCAGUCUGAUAUAGUGAGGGAUCCAAGCAAUAGGAUCCAUUUGACAGUUGGACAAUUGUUCAGGAAUGGGCAACACUUCAGAGAAGUUCUGAAGGAUUAUGAAGUGCAAGAAUGUUUUAAGACGUUGAAGAUAAAAAAUGAGGGUAAAAAAGUGAGUGCAAUUUGUGCAGGAAAAGGGUGUCCAUGGAAGAUAUAUGCUUCACGUUUAAAAGAUGGCAUUACAUUUGCUAUCAAGAUAUUUACUCCCACUCACACAUGUGUGAAAUUGGUUAGAAAUAAGGAAGUAAGUGCACGCUGGAUAGCAGGAAAGAUUGGGUCCAAAAUUAGAUCAGACCCAGAUAUGAGUAUGAAAACCAUGGAACAACUGUUGAGUGAUCAGUAUGCAUUGGACACCUGCAAUAUGCAAUUGUAUAGGGCUAAAUGGAUUGCCCUAGGGGAAGAUAGUUCAAGUCAUAAAAAAACAUUUAGGAGACUGGAAAGUUAUGCAGACAUGAUAAUGAGAGCAAAUAUUGGGAAUCAAGUAGCGAUAGAAUAUCAGAAUGGAUUCCAACAUGGACUGGUACAGAGUGAAUUAUUCAGAGAUGAAUAUAGAGUAGAUCGUCAGUUCAGGCGUUUAUUUGUAUGUUUUAAUGCUUGGUUUCAAGGUUUUUUGAAGGGAUGCAGGCCAUUCUUGGGCCUUGAUGGAUGUCAUUUGAAGGAAAUAUAUGGUGGAGUUCUUGUAUCUGCUGUUUCAAUGGAUGAAAACAAUGGCAUGUAUCCAAUUGCUUACGGUGUGCUUGAGAAUGAAUCCAUUGACAGUUGGUUAUUCUUUCUCAGUUGCUUACAUGAUGCCAUAGGUCUCGUCACACCUACAGGACUUCCAUAUACAUUUAUGACAGAUAAACAGAAGGGUCUCAUUGAAGCUAUUGCAAAAUUAUUCCCUGAGGCACACCAUAGGCAUUGCUGCAGACACCUAUACAAUAACUUCAAGUCACGAUGGGGUAAUGGCAUUUAA